AGGAUAGAUCAACAAGCGCGCAUACACUAUAGGGAAGGGCAAACUUACCAGACACACUGUGAGUGCGUGCAGGUUAUAAACCGAGUUUUUUCUUGUGCUUGUAUCCUUGUAUAUCGUACUAUACGCGGCAGUCACCCUUAACUAUAACGAUGGAAAGCGAGAAUACAAAGUUCAUUUUCCAGGUCCAAGAGUACAAGGAUUCUUUAAAAACAAAGGCAGAGCAGUUAAUUAUCAAAGGGUUUCCAGAAAAAAUUGUCAAGCUCAAUGAGAUUCUUGAAACGCUAGGUUUCCAUAACAGAGAUCUAAAAGAUGUCCAUCAAGACUUAAAUAUACCAAUUCCAGAACCCAUUUUACUCAACCAUUCCAAUGAUGGACCGAAUCCCAAGAGACCAAGAGUGGAAAAUAGUCUCGACGAUGUGCCUACUGGAACCAAAGUUAUGAUUCUGCCAAAUGGUCCAGUGCCAUGCAAUAAACAACUUUGUGAUUUACUGCAUAUAGUGAAGCCUCAUAUUAGACAACUUUUAGAGGACUCAAAUCUUUUGAAAAUGUGGAUUUCAUUCAUGAUUCCUAAAAUAGAGGAUGGAAACAAUUUUGGAGUUUCUAUACAAGAAGAUACUUUAGCGGAAGUACAAGCUGUUGAAAGUGAAUCUGGAUCAUUUUUUGAUCAAAUUUCAAGGUACUUCAUCUCCAGAGCAAAGAUUGUCAGCAAAGUUGCCAAGUAUCCUCACAUUACAGAUUAUAGGCGAGCUGUGCAAGAACUUGAUGAGAAAGAAUAUAUAAGCUUAUGGCUAAUAAUGUGCGAAAUUCGUAAUCGCUACUGUUCACUGCACGAUCUUGUUAUCAAAAACUUAGAGAAAAUCAAGAAGCCGCGUUCAUCAAAUGCUGAAUCUUUGUAUUAAACAAUUAAUUUUAAUAUUUAUGUGCUUAAGCACACUGGACUUUAAUAAUAAAUAUUUCCAAAAACAUAAUCAAUGUCGAUGAAAAUGAAGUGCCGAGAUUUGCGCUGCAAGAUUCUCAAUUAUUGUUGAGAAUCGUACUUUACUUAAAUUAUUACAUUACAAUGGUUACACAUAUUAAUGGUUCUAGCACGAUUUUUUUUUCCAAAUGGAACACUCUCAGCGCAAUCACGCAUUCUUUUUUUUAUGUACAUAGUAUUGUCAAAUGAAAUAAUACUCGGUACUCCUUUCUAGACAGUUUGAAAAACGACGAUAAGGAAACUUUCGAGUCGUUAAAUUUUUAUAUGACGAUGCACUUUAUAACAAAUACGUGCAAAGUAUAAAAUCUGCUGGGUAUAAAAUCGUAGAGUGAUGAAUAUUUGUUAUCAGUUAAAGCAUUGAUUUAUAUAUUUGGUAGAAUUGCUUUAAACGGAUAAACUGUAUGGAAAAGUGUAGGUGAGUGUUGUCAUUAAAAUAUCGUUUUAUCUUUUUUUGUAUUUGUCAUAAGUACUUUUACUUUUAAAAAUAUGCAUUGCACCAUAAAUUUCUUUAAAGUUAAAAUAUUCGAAGAAUGCUUUAUUAUUAUUCAUAACAG